AUGAAUUCACGCGUCCUCGCUCGCGUCGCCGGCGGCCUCGGCGGUGCGCGGCCGUGGACGUGCUCGACCUGCCGAGGCCAAUUGACUCCAGCACAACUGCCUUCGCUCGUCGGCGCGAGAUGCUUUGCCUUUGUCUCGGGGAAGCGCUCCUCGCGCGGGAACGGCGGCGGCGGCGGCGGCGGUAAUGGGCGGAGGAGCAGGCCCAGGAGAGCGCUGCUCUACGCGUCGACGGGCGCUGCCGGCGCUGCGGGCACCGCCCUGGCCUUUACCGACGAGAUCAAAGGCGGCUACGAGGCUGUCGAGCGGACGGGCCGCGUCGUGGCCGCCCUGGCCAUUUGCAUCAACGACUAUCGCACCACGUUGAAUGCCAAGGCCGCCGUCGACGACGCAGCCGAGCAGAACAGGAUUCUGGCGACGUGCCACAAGCGCUGCGCCCAGCGGACGCUCAAGGUGCUGGAGAAGAACGGCGGCAUCUUCAUCAAGCUGGGACAACACCUGAGCGCCAUGAACUACCUCCUCCCGCCCGAGUGGACAACCACCUUUGUCCCCCUCCAGGACCAGUGCCCCGUCUCGUCGUUCGACUCCAUCGAGGCCAUGUUCCGCCGCGACACCGAAAAGGAGCUGUGGGACUACUUUUCCGACUUCUCGGCCGAUCCCAUCGGCGCCGCGUCGCUCGCCCAGGUCCACCUGGCGACCGAAAAGGACUCGGGCCGCCGCGUGGCCGUCAAGGUGCAGCAUCCGGACCUGCAGGCCUGGGCGCCGCUCGACCUGGCCCUGACAAAGUACACCUUUUCGACGCUCAAGCGCUUCUUCCCCGACUACGACCUCGAGUGGCUGGCGUCGGAGAUGGAGGCGUCGCUGCCCAAGGAGCUCGACUUCCAGGAAGAGGCCGACAACGCGCGCCGCAUGAAGGCGCACUUUGCGCAGAUGCCCGAGCUGCCCCUCGUCAUCCCAGACGUCAUCUGGGCCAAGAAGCGCAUCCUCGUCAUGGCCUGCGAGUCCGGCAGCCGGCCCGACGAUCUCGCCUACCUCGACAGCAACGGCAUCGACCGCGACGAGGUGUCGGCGACGCUGGCCCGCAUCUUCAACGAGAUGAUCUUCGGCGACGGCGCGCCGCUGCACUGCGACCCGCACGGCGGCAACAUUGCCAUUCGCAAAAACGACUCGCGGCGGCGACGCGGCAUCCGGCGCGCGCCCAACUUCGACAUCAUCCUCUACGACCACGGGCUCUACCGCGACAUCCCCCUGCCGCUGCGGCGCUCGUACGCCAAGCUGUGGCUGGCCGUCAUCGACGGCGACCUGGAGCGCAUGAAGACGUACUCGCGCGAGGUGGCGGGCAUCAGCGACCAGGACUUUCCGCUCUUCGCAUCGGCCAUCACGGGCCGCGACUUUGGCAUCGUCAGCCGCGAGGGUUCCAUCCUGCAGACGCGCACCGCCGACGAGCAGCAGACGAUCAGCGGGGCGCUGCAGGAGGGCCUCAUUGUCGACCUGGUGCAGAUGCUCAGCCGCGUGCCGCGCAUCAUGCUGCUCAUCCUCAAGACAAACGACCUGACGCGCAGCCUCGACGAGAGCCUGCACACGCGCCAGGGCCCCAUCCGCACCUUUAUGAUCCUGGCGCGCUACUGCUCGCGCACCGUCUUCCACGAGCGCCUCGACCAGGUGCGCGCCCAGGGCUCGCUGCUGUGGCCGUCCAACGCGCUCCGGGUGCUCGCCGCCUGGCUGGGCCACCUGCGCGUCGAGGUCAAGCUCGAGGCCUUUGAGCUGGGGUUGGCCGUCAAGCGCCUCCUGGGGCUCAAGAGCCUCGAGUUUGGCGCCGCGGGGCCGCCGAUGGAGUCGGAGGCGACGGCGUGA